ACAAAUGACAAGCGCAUUAAAUGCUAAAGUGAACAAUAUAUAUAUGUGUAUGUGCCUGUGUGUGUGUGUUUAGUGUGGAGCAAAACGUUGCCAGGAUAUGCGUAUUGAAUUUCACCUGAUUUGUAUUGCCACCUUUCGUAUAUAAUUAUAAUCAACGUGAUCACGCGCUCACACCAGCGCGACAACAACAACAACAACAACAAAACCAACACCAGCAACAAGUCGCCAGCUUCAGUCUCAGCUGCAGUAGCUCAGCUCAGCAUCAAGUUUGCCAAAAACCCAUAAUUUUUGUUUUUUUUUGCACAAACCUUCAGUCUGUGGCUUUGGCCUUUGAGGGGCCAAGGGAUUCAGUUUGAUGGUGUCGCCGGCUUGACCGACGCCAACCCAAACGGGGCGCAAUAAACUAACUAAAGCGAACUCCAGAGCCAGAGCCAGAGCCCGCAGCUUAAACUUCGCCAACGAAGCAAAGCAAAGGAGCAGCAAUUCCAGUUCUCGUUCUCGAUCUUUAAGUUGAACGGCUCGUGGAUCGACGACGACGCUGCUGCCUCUGCCGCUGCCGCAUUUAUUGUUUUGUUGCACACACACGGGGCAACUGUCUGAGAGGCUGAGAGGCAGCAACUGGCCCCAACACCCGAGGAACAACAACAACAACAACAACAGCCUUUGAGGUUGCUGCUACGUAUAAAAAUCAUCAAGCGCUUUUGUUGUUAUUAUUGCUGUUGCUGCUGCUGCUGCGCCGCUGCUUGUUGUUGUUGCAACUCCAGACAUGGCGCCGAAAUCCAGAAAGAAGAAGGCUCAUGUGUCACGUUCGCUGACUUGCUACUGCGAAGGCAGCUGCCCGAAUAAUGUGAGCAAUGGAACCUGCGAGACCAAGAGCAGCUGCUUCAGCUCGGUGCAGGAAGUUUAUGAUGAGACCACAAACAGCUACGAGGAGGAGCGCACCUACGGCUGCAUGCCACCGGAAGAUAAUGGCGGCUUCCUAAUGUGCAAAGUGGCCGCCUCGCAGGUGCAUGGCAAGCACAUCGUCUGCUGCGAUAACGAGGAUCUGUGCAAUCGAAAUCUGCAGCCAGCGUUUACGCCCAAGCUGACGACGCCUUCGCCGGAUUUGCCCGUGAGCAGCGAAUCGAUGCAGACAUUUAUGCUGCUGGGCUCGGUGGUCAUGUGCGCCUUUGUGCUGACUGUGGUGCUGCUCAUAGUUUGUUUGAUCUACAAGCGACGUGAGAAGCAGCGCAAGCCACGCCUCAUCAAUUCGAUGUGCAACUCGCAGUUGUCGCCGCUGUCGCAGCUGGUGGAGCAGAGCUCGGGCUCGGGCUCGGGACUGCCGCUGCUGGUGCAACGCACCAUAGCAAAGCAAAUACAAAUGGUGCGGCUGGUGGGCAAGGGACGCUACGGCGAAGUGUGGCUGGCCAAGUGGCGCGACGAGCGUGUGGCAGUCAAGACUUUCUUCACCACCGAGGAGGCUUCGUGGUUUCGUGAAACGGAAAUCUAUCAAACGGUGCUGAUGCGUCAUGAGAACAUAUUGGGAUUUAUAGCUGCCGAUAUCAAAGGCAAUGGCAGCUGGACGCAGAUGCUGCUGAUAACGGAUUAUCAUGAGGUGGGCAGUCUGCAUGACUAUCUAUCCACAUCGGUUAUAACGCCGCAGAAGCUGCAGCUGCUCGCCUAUAGCUUCAGCUCGGGUCUGGCGCAUUUGCAUGAUGAAAUCUUUGGCACGCCAGGCAAACCCGCCAUAGCGCAUCGCGACAUCAAAAGCAAGAACAUCUUGGUUAAGCGCAAUGGUCAGUGCGCCAUAGCAGACUUUGGGUUGGCGGUCAAGUACAUGUCCGAGCUGGAUGAAAUACACAUUGCGCAGAAUACGCGCGUGGGCACGCGUCGCUACAUGGCGCCCGAGGUGCUCAGCCAGGCGCUGAAUCCGCAGCAGUUCGAGGAGUUCAAGCGCGCCGAUAUGUACUCCGUGGGGCUGGUGCUGUGGGAAAUGGCGCGUCGCUGCUACACGCCCAUUACGGGCACCAAGACCACCACCUGCGAGGACUACGCGCUGCCCUAUCACGAUGUGGUGCCCUCGGAUCCCAGCUUCGAGGAUAUGCACGCCGUUGUCUGCAUCAAGGGCUUUCGUCCGCCGCUGCCUGCGCGCUGGCAGGAGGACGAUGUGCUGGCCACUGUGGCCAAGAUAAUGCAGGAGUGCUGGCAUCACAAUCCCACUGUGCGGCUCACUGCGCUGCGUGUGAAGAAAACGCUUGGCCGCCUAGACAUGGACGCGCUCAAUGAUAUGCCCAUGAAAAUAGUCUAGUUUAUAUAACUAUCCUUAGUUAGUUUAGUUACGUUAGCUAAGCUGCAUUUACUUUUCACACUUGCAUUAAGUUGCACAAUUUGUGUCUUAUCUAAGCCUAAGCCGCGCACUGAUUCGUAUGCCUAGAACUUAAGUCCAAACGAAAAUAAUCAUUGGUUAAUGAAAUGCUUUAACUAUUUGCGAAAUAUUUUUCUAGUUUAAACGCUGUACAUACGUUAGCGUCUAGUUUAUGUCUUUAUUUUGUAGCUCUCUAAGUCUCUAUAUGUCUUCUAUAUAGCGAAGCAUAUGCCUGCUGCCUUUUGUAAAAUCCACUGAAUUAGCUGCCUAAGCCAGACAAGAAGGAUCCGAAGCCUUCACUCUAAUUUAAGCUUAUUGCUAAUAUUUUGUGUUUACUUUUGUUUUGUGUAAAUAGCAAACAAUGUAACUGUAUCAACUAUAUAUGUAUUGCUUUGUAUAUAUAACUAGCCACGUAAGUUUACUGUAAUUCGAUUGAAUAAUUUUUGAUUUUUCGUACACACACACAACUAAAGUUUUUUGAACGCAAAACGUUUAGUUAAUUU